AUGACCCUGCGCUCUGGCCAGCGCGACGCGAUAUUGUCUCCUAGCAACCAGAUGAGCAUGCCCACAAAUCAUCUGAUCCUAUCACGCUCACGCCCGUCGGUGCUGUCAUCCCUCUCUGUGUGGGGUCUCAUGCGCGGCUUGGAGUCUUUCAGCCAGCUUGUGAACCGCUACAACGCCACACAUUUUUGGGUCAAUGAGAGCGAGGUGGUGGACGCUCCCAGGUUUUCGCAUCGUGGCCUGCUACUAAACACUGGCCAACGCUUUCUUCCCGUAGCCACCAUCGUGGAAGCGCUGGAUGCCAUGGCUUUCAACAAGCUAAACGUCCUGCACUGGCGUAUUGUGGAUGAGCAUUCUUUUCCGUUCGUCAGCCAAGCGUUUCCAGAUCUCAGCUUGAAGGGGGCGUACAACCCAGAGUCAUUGGUGUACCAGCCGUCAGACAUCGAUCGCGUCUUGAACGAGGCCAGGGACCGCGGGAUUCGCAUUGUGCCCGAGUUAAGCAACCCUGGCAAGUCUUAUUCAAAAAUUUUUAUGCUUAACAAGUUUUUGGUGCUAGUGACUAUUAGUGAGUAA